GAGGAAGCGAAACCCGCCUGGGCGGGAAGUGAAACCCCACACGAGCUUUCCUCUGGCUCCUGGCCGGCCCCUGGGGGCAGCGAGCAAACAGCCUGCAGUUUCUGGUGCUGCUCUGAGGCACCCCGAUGUCGGCGGGGGGCUCGCCCGGGCGGACCGCCCUCCGGCCCCUGCUUCUGGUGGUAGCCACGGCCUUCCUCUGCUCGGCCGUGGCCGUAGACGAGGAACGAGGGCAGCUGCUGCGGAGAGAGAGGGCCAUGCGGCUGGGGGGGCAGCUGGUGCUGACGCGGGAAGAGGAGCUGGCCAACGCAAGGCUCAUGGCCAUCAAAGAGGCCGAGGCGCAGCAGGCCCUGGAGACCCGGCAGUUCCCGCCCAGCAUGCACUUCUUCCGGGCCAAGCGCCUCAUCGAGGAAAGCAAGGUGUUUCACAUCCUGAAGAAGAUGCCAAAAGGCGCAGCCUUGCACGUCCACGAGUUCAGCCUCCUCAGCAUGGACUGGCUGGUGAAAAACGUCACCUACCGGCCUCACUGCCAUUUCUGUGUCACCCACCGCGGGGUCCUGGUGUUCCGAUUUGCUCACCCCACCCCCCCGACGUCAGCAGAGUGUUCAGAGUGGGUUUUGCUUGAGAAAUACCGAAAGGGGCUGCAAAACGUCACCGAGUUCGAUGAGAGCCUCCUGAGGAAUUUCACGCUGGUGACCGAGAACCCCGAGGCGGCGUACCCGAACCGAGACGUCCUCUGGACUAAGUUCAAGAUCAUCUUCUACACCGUCUCCAGCCUGAUCAACUACGCGCCGGUGUUCAGAGACUACAUCUUCCGGGGCCUGGAGGAGUUCUACCGGGACCACGUGCUCCACCUGGAGCUCAGAGCGGUGCUGUUCCCGGUGUACGAGCUGGACGGGUCGACCCACAGCCAAGAGUGGGUGGUGGCGACCUACAGAGACGUGGCUGCCCUCUUUGCAGAAAAGCAUCCCGGGUUUACUGGCAUCAAAAUCAUUUAUUCAGACCACAGAUCUAAAAACGUGUCCCUCAUUGCAAGAUCCGUCGAGAUGGCCAUGAAACUUCGGACCAAGUUCCCGGGGACGGUGGCAGGGUUUGACCUGGUGGGGCGCGAGGACACCGGCAGAUCCUUGAGCUACUACAGCGAGGCCCUGGCGAUCCCCGCCUCGCGAGGCUAUAGGCUGCCCUACUUCUUUCACGCCGGAGAGACAGACUGGCAGGGCACUUCCGUCGAUGAGAACCUCCUGGACGCCCUAAUUCUGAACUCCACCAGGAUCGGCCACGGCUUUGCUCUGACCAAACACCCGGCCGUCUGGACCGGCAUGUGGAAGAAGGACAUCCCUGUGGAAGUCUGUCCCAUCUCCAAUCAGGUUCUGCAGCUGGUGUCGGACCUGAGAAACCACCCCGCAGCUGUUCUCAUGGCGACCGGGUUCCCCGUGGUGAUCAGCUCGGAUGACCCAGCUAUGUUCGGUGCGUCCGGCUUGUCCUACGACUUCUACGAGGCCUUCAUGGGCAUCGGCGGAAUGAAGGCCGACCUGAGGACCCUCAAGCAGCUGGCUCUGAACUCUAUCAAGUACAGCGCCCUGCUGGACUCGGAGAAAAAGGCUGCCAUGGACAUCUGGGCCGAGAGGUGGGACGACUUCGUGGCCGAGCUGGCCGGGCGGCCGAAGUGAGAAGACGGCCCCCUCGGACCCCGCUCCU